AAGCGGUUUACUGGGGAUUCCUAACGGCGUUUCGUAUUUUUUCUAGAGAGAGAAAGGGAGAGAACCAGCAAGAAGAAGAAGACCUAAAGCCUGCUGGCUGCUGCCUGCUGCCUGCUUCUUUACAGGGUGAAAACUAGAAUUUCGGAAGAGUGGUUUUCAGAGGCAGGGGAAGGGGGCAGGUGGGUAAGCGGUUUUGUAACCGUUUUAGUGGUUUUGAGAGUUCCGUGUUUUUUUCCCCCCUUCUUCACUCGCUCACUCUUUUAUUCCCUUUUCUCUGGGUUGGAUCUCUUCGUCGAUCAGUUACAGUUUGGAAAAGGGGGCAGUGUGUGCUGAAAGGCGUGGAGGGGAUUGGGUAGUGGGAAAGCUCGAAGCUUUUAUUAUUAUCCUCAUUUGAGCUCGUAAUUAAGGAAGCCCAAUACGUUUUUGCAGUUACCGGAGGUGUUACUAUUGAGGAAAUUGAAGUGGGGUUGCCUUAAAAGUGGGAAAUUUCGUCCUUUCCUUCUCGUUAUCGGCUUUUCUGGGAGGGUUUUCUCUUUUCUCUGCUGUGCUGUGCCUCUUUGACUCGGUGGAUUUAUUUUCUGCUUCUUCGUGGGGAAAGAGCUAAAUGAUGGCGGCGACUCGCGGUGGGUCUUUCCAGCAGGUCAACAAUGAAGGAGGAGGAAGAGAUGAUCUGUAUAAAGAGCUAUGGAAAUUAUGCGCCGGUCCGGUGGUGGAGGUUCCUCAAGUUGAUGAAAGGGUUUACUAUUUCCCGCAGGGUCACAUGGAACAGUUGGAGGCAUCAACAAACCAGGAAUUGAAUCAAAGGGCUCCUCUGUUUAAUUUGCCGUCCAAGAUUCUCUGUCGGGUCAUUAACAUCCACCUCCUGGCUGAACAAGAGACUGAUGAAGUUUAUGCACAAAUAACUUUGAUUCCUGAACUUGAUCAAAGCGAACAGACUAGCCGAGAUCUGUCCCCAACAGAGACUCCAAGGCCUUCAGUUCAUUCAUUUUGCAAGGUCUUAACUGCGUCAGAUACAAGUACUCACGGCGGAUUCUCUGUUCUCCGCAAGCAUGCAACCGAAUGCCUCCCUCCUUUGGACAUGGCUCAGCAAACACCAACUCAGGAAUUGGUUGCUAAAGAUCUUCAUGGUUAUGAAUGGAGGUUCAAGCAUAUCUUCCGUGGUCAGCCUAGGAGGCACUUGCUCACAACAGGUUGGAGUACGUUUGUGACUUCCAAGAGAUUAGUUGCUGGAGAUUCUUUUGUCUUCCUCAGGGGGGAGAGUGGGGAGCUCCGAGUUGGAGUGAGACGGGUUGCUCGCCAGCAGAGCAGCAUGCCUACGUCUGUGAUUUCCAGUCAGAGCAUGCACCUUGGAGUGCUGGCAACAGCUUCUCAUGCCGUUGCGACUCAAACUAUGUUUGUGGUAUAUUAUAAGCCGAGGACGAGCCAGUUCAUCAUCAGCCUGAACAAGUAUUUGGAAGCUGUGGAUAAUAAGUUUGUAGUUGGGAAGAGGUUCAAGAUGAGGUUUGAAGGUGAAGAUUCCCCCGAGCGAAGGUUCUCAGGCACAAUUGUUGGUGUUGAAGAUUUCUCUGUUCAUUGGGCUGAGUCCAAAUGGCGAUCUUUGAAGGUUCAAUGGGAUGAACCUGCUUCCAUUCCAAGGCCGGAUAAGGUUUCUCCAUGGGAGAUAGAACCUUUUGUGGCUUCUUCUAUACCAACCAGCCUCCCUCAGCCAGUUCCAAUGAAAAACAAAAGGCCACGUCCCCCAAAUGAAAUUCCAGCUCUUGAUUUGUCUUCAACUGCCUCACCUUGGAAUUCUGGGUUGACUGAAAUGACACAGAUGAGCGUUACUGGCGAGAGCAAGCGAAAUGAGAAUAUGAUGAUGUGGCAGCAGCACAAGCAGCAGCCAGAUAUUAACAGCCACGGGAGCUGUACAGAUUGGCUGUCUCCACGCAUAAAUAACGUCUCUUCUCAGCAUAAAUUUCAGGAUGCUGCAACUGAGGAUAGCAAGAGCAUCUCAAAUUGGCCUGUUAGCUUCUCAUCUCCCCCUCAAUCUGCGAAACUGAAGAGCGGCGACUCACCAGCUGUUGAGCAGCCAGUUGAUAAGGGAGGAAGGAAACCUGAGGCAGCAGCAGCAACCACUACCACCUAUCGAUUGUUCGGUAUUGAGCUUGUGAACAGUCCAAUGAGUACACCUACGGCUGAGAAGACCUCUGAGGUGCAGCAUGCGCAUAGCAACCUCUCGCCAUCUGAUGCUGAACAGAAGUCAAUCUCACUUGGUAAUGAAAAGAACACUGAACAAUCACCAGUGCCCCCCAAGGAUACCACUCAGAGCAGACAAAGUUGUUCCAUGUCCACUAGAAGUCGCACCAAGGUUCAAAUGCAGGGAGUUGCUGUUGGAAGAGCGGUGGACUUGACAAUGAUGAAAGGUUAUCCACAGCUCAUAAGUGAGCUGGAGAGUUUGUUUGACCUCAACGGGCAGCUUCAGACUCGGGAUAAGUGGGAAAUCGUCUACACUGACGAUGAAGGAGACAUGAUGCUUGUUGGAGACGAUCCAUGGCCUGAAUUCUGCAACAUGGUGCGGAGAAUCUUCAUAUGUUUGAGUCAGGAUGUGAAGAAGAUGACUCCGGGAAGCAAACUUCCGAUGUUCCCCGUGGAAGCCGAAGGUGGAGGUGUAGUAAGCUCAGACUCUGGCCUAGUCGAAACCUCCAACUAACAGUUGGGGAAGAGCCUUGUCUUUUCUCUCUUGUUUCUUCUUAUUCUGGCCUUGUGUUUGAAUGUGUUUGCUGUGGAUUACGGGUUUUGGUUCAAUUUUCUUCUUCUUCUUCAUCAUCUUCUUCCAUUUUGGGUGGCUUGCUUGCAUGGAUGUUUGAAGUUGGAAAAGAGGAAAGCGAGAGGGAGGGAGGGAGAGAGACUUUGCUAUAUACUAAUUUUAAGUAGCUCGGCUUUUUAGAGCUUACUAUCAAAAGCAGGGGGAAGGAAGGAAAAUUGACUUGCAGUGAGAGUGUAGUCGUCGUUUGGACUUUGGUGUCAAAAAAGCAAAGUGUAGGGGGCUUAAGUUAGAGUCUGUAAAUCUUUUGUUUAGUGUGGUAGGUAUUUGGGGGCAGAGGGGGUAUAAUGUGAUCACCUCAGAAUCUCAGUCAUCAGUCCUUUCAUUAAUGGCUUCUGUCUAUUCUAUGUAUAUAAAGUAUUGACAAAAGACAAUUAUCAAUGUAAUCCUGGUCAUUUUAGUGAGUGGAUUCCUUUUAUUUUCCAGUUUGGUCCUCUAUUUUCUAAUCCUUUACAUUUUGUCUCCCAAAAUUUUACUUGUUCAUGGAAGUUUAUAUAUAUUAUAUAGUUUUGUUAUGGUUGUGCCUGGCUCGUGAAUAUUUGAA